AUGCCAUCAAACGAGGAAGAAGACAGAAAUGCCAAGCGUAAAGCUCGUGAAGAACGAAGCAAACACAGCGGCGGUAAGUCUUCCAGCAGUCGCAGAGAGUCCAGUGACCGCCGGGAAAAAGAUCGAGCUCGCAGUGGACGUGACAGCAGCAAAUCUGCUGCUCCUGGAGCAUUUGCUGCCACUGAAGCGUCUCCAAGAUCGAGAAAAGGCUCUGUCAAAGCAAGCGGUGCAAGCAAUCGCAGUGAUCGCAGCCAAGGCCAUUCCUCUUCCAGAUCGGAAGGAAAGAGUCGUGCUUCUUCUGGCAAAAGCCGCACCUCCAAGCCAGCGACGGUUCCUGGUGCGGUGACAUCCUCCGACAGGCACCGGGCUUCUGGAAAAAGUCGCACUUCCAAGCCUGCUUCUGGUCCUGGUGCGGUCACGUCCUCGCCAAUGAGCCCUGAAGCGCAAAGACAAAGCCGAAAAGCGGCAAAAGGGGAAGGUUCCGGUAGGUCCGGCAACGGAACUCCCGCUCCGCCACUUGCAAACAAUGAUGCAGUCCAGCGAAAGUUGGCAGCUGCAGGCUUGGCAAAUGAAGAAGAGGGACCAAAGGAGCAGCCAUCGAAAUCUGUGGAGCUCAACACCAAUGAAGAGGGCGAGGUAUUGCUAGAAGCCAUGGCUGUCGAAGAGAUAGAAGCAGCAAAACCAAAGGUUCAGGGGGAGACUGAAAGCGGAGGUGAGGCUUCCUCGCCAAACCAAGAGCCGCUAGCAGAGCGGAAGAAGCGUCCUGUUGGCAUGAUCAUCCUUGUUGUGCUCAUCUUGGGUGCCUGCGGGGGUGCAGGAGCUUACUUUGGAACUCGUGGGACCUCCGAACAAGCAGCAGCAGCAGCACUGCCGGAAACAACGGCGAGCCCUACUUUUGCCAAUGUCACUUUAGCUCCGAGUACAAUCGCGCCAACUGGUCCACCGACAAAAGCUCUCAAGUAUCCUCCACCCAAUGAGGAGGAUUGUCGAAGAAUCGCAAGUGGUGCUGAUCGAAGUAUCCAAAUCGAGACCUUUACUAGGAACCACGAGUUGGAGUUGGAAGUAGAGCUCUCCAGCGAGGAUAUCGAACUUGAUCUGCAAGAAAUACAAAAAGCAAUGCAACAACGUUUCAUGCCGGCUUUGGCAGGAUGUUCCGAUGUUGUUUUGGUGCGACAGACCGAGAUUCGAUACGUCGUUUUCAACAGUGUUGUCAGCUUGUCGCUUGUGGAAGGCGGACCUUGUGUGCUCGAGCAUUCCGGUCCUUGUCAUGUUGUUGUGGCUGCAAUGACUGUCCAGUUGCAAGGCCAGGAACUACCAAGAUCCAUCAAUAAUAUUAUCGAGGACGCUCUUGGCACCGAAGACCUCGUUGCGUUGUGGGCGCUGGAGUCUCCCUUUUCCUCUCCCUAUAACCGAAUUACAGCCACAGAGAUCUCCUCAACAGAUCAAACACUAGCUCCAAGCGAUCGUCCAACGGGCGUAUCCAGUGCUUCGCCUACAACGGCUCCAAGUUUGACCGCGCCAGAAAAGCCAACACUCGCUCCUGCCAUUGAUAGCAUUACCACGGAGCCAACCAACCUUCCUUCUGCCGCUGCAACAACGUCGGCUCCAUCAGCGGCAAACUCGGAAAAUCCAACAGUCGCUCCUGUCAUUAGUCCCACAACUGAGGAACCUACCGAGCUGCCAUCAAGUCAGCCAAGUCAGCCACCUACGAUAGCUCCCACGCCCCGUCCAACACCGAGCCCGACGACGCCAGCAGCUACUCGUGCACCAAGCACUGCUCCUACUGCCAACCCAACGUUCUCUCCAAUGACUGGAGAUGAAUUGACUUCCUCCCACUACGUCAUCCACAUUCCAGCCGCCUAUACGAAUCGCGAGGACGCUAAAAAAGGCUGCGAAGCGAAAGGUCUUGCUCUAUGCCCUAAGUCCGCCAUUACCAAUUUUGAGUAUUGUGCUGGAUCAUGGUUAUCUGACGGGGCUGGCUGGUGGAUGAAUAACGCAGAUAAUCCGGGAGUGUGUGGCCAAAUUGGUUUCAAUGAUGCAACGGGUUGGUCGAACAUUGGUGCAUAUUGCUGUGGAAGACCGUACUACUUGCCGGAUGAUGGCCCGACAGGCAUUACUUCAUAUAUCUAUGGUACUCGCGAUGCCGCGUCCGAGGCAUGUCAAACCAAGGGAAUGGGGCUAUGUAGUAAACAGCAGAUCAUGGGAUAUGAACUUUGCUCCUAUGGAUGGUUGAGCGAUGGUUCAGGGAGAUGGGUGGGACAACCCCUUCCAGGUUGUCCGGGCGUGGGGUAUAGCGAAAAACCAGCUAAUUGGAACGGAGGCGCAUAUUGCUGUGUCGAACCUGAGCCGACUCCCGCACCUUCUUCGGCACCGUCUUCCGCCCCGUCUCCACCGCCAACUCCACUCCCAACUCCUCCACCGACGCCUCCACCAACCCCACCACCAACUUCAAUGCCGAGCUCGCGUCCAUCGCUUGAGCCUAUGAACGGGGACCAUUUGGUAAAUGAGCACUACGUCAUCCACAUUCCAGCCGCCUAUACGAAUCGCGAGGACGCUAAAAAAGGCUGCGAAGCGAAAGGUCUUGCUCUAUGCCCUAAGUCCGCCAUUACCAAUUUUGAGUAUUGUGCUGGAUCAUGGUUAUCUGACGGGGCUGGCUGGUGGAUGAAUAACGCAGAUAAUCCGGGAGUGUGUGGCCAAAUUGGUUUCAAUGAUGCAACGGGUUGGUCGAACAUUGGUGCAUAUUGCUGUGGAAGACCGUACUACUUGCCGGAUGAUGGCCCGACAGGCAUUACUUCAUAUAUCUAUGGUACUCGCGAUGCCGCGUCCGAGGCAUGUCAAACCAAGGGAAUGGGGCUAUGUAGUAAACAGCAGAUCAUGGGAUAUGAACUUUGCUCCUAUGGAUGGUUGAGCGAUGGUUCAGGGAGAUGGGUGGGACAACCCCUUCCAGGUUGUCCGGGCGUGGGGUAUAGCGAAAAACCAGCUAAUUGGAACGGAGGUGCAUAUUGCUGCGUCGAGUAA